AUGGGGCUGCGGUUGGACGUCUCAACGGAUCGUGCCGUUCGGUCUGUGGCGCAUGGCGUGACACCGGCAACUGGUCGCAAACGUUCGACUUCCCGAAGGGUAUCACAGCUAACCGUCUAUGCCAAGAUUUUGUGCCUCCUGAUGACAUUAUUCAGUGCAGGAGCAUCAACCGGGAACGACUUCUAUCUGCAAUCAGCGUGCACUUACAAGUUUCUACGUGCCAAAAACGGUUCCGUGUUUGCCGACGACAACUUGGAGAAUGGUCUACCACAGAUUUUCAGCCUCAAUGCCACGAGAACACGCGACAAUCGGGCUGCCGUAACGAUAUACUCCAAAGAGACAGACUCGUACAUCUGCUUCGACAAAAACUGGCGCACCAAGACCAUGCGUGGAAAAGCCAAUAUGUCCAAACGACGGUGCAUGUUUUUCGAAAACAUCGACGCGUCGGGCGCCAUCCGCUAUCGUUCGGUGGUCAACCAGAACCGCUCCUUAGGCUUCCAGCGGAACGGUAAGCCGAUCGGAGGUAUGCGGGCCGGUGCGAAGAUGGGCCCGGGCGGCGGUGGCCGGAAAAAGCCGAUCGACGAGAAGUGUUACACCUUCAACCCAACGAGCGCACACGGGCCGAAUGAGGUGCAACCGCAACAUCAGCCAAACCAUCCGCAGAGGCACGAAGCGAAAGCGACACGUCCGCACCAGCAGCAGUCUAAUCAGCAGCCACGCCAGCGUCACCAUCGGCAGCAGGAGGCGCGCAAGGAUGGGUCGGCGGGCGAAUCGAACGGUGGCAACUCGCUGCUAACGUCGAGCUAUUUGGCCAGUGCACCGAGCGACCAGCGACAGACGCCCCAGUCGCCCAAUCGACACCGGCACAAACACGGUACCGCUAACGGCCGACAUAGCAGCAAGGUGCAGCUCAACCCAGGUCCAGCACCAGCCGGACACCCGAAUCUCGAGAGCGGCUACACCGGAGCGACCUCGCUUCCCGUCGCCGCCACCCUAUCCUCCCUGGCGUACGGUAGCGGCGCGAAUGCGAAUGGCGAUCUGGGUGGCGGCGGUCGCAUCGUUGGAUCCGCCUACGGUAAAGGUACCCACCGCCGCAGCCACCUUAACUCUUACACACCACCCCUCGUCGGGGACCCAUCUCUGCCGCUGCCCGCCACCUCACUGUCUGCCAUCGUUACGAAGCUGCCGCCAAAGUCAACCGCACACACCGGGCCACAUCCCGGUGCGCGUCCCGGACUCAUCGGUUUGCUCGAUGCCGGUGCGUACCGGAAGGAUCGCCGCCAAACCGCGGCCGGCGGUGGAACACCGGCUUCGGAGUCCGCGAAUGGUGGUCGCGUUAAUAGCGGCAAAAGGAAGUCGGCGAACAGCAGCAAUGGUACCGGUGCGGGCAGCGGGCGAAAUGCUUCCACUAAAGUAAGCACCAUGCCGGGACGAGACAAACGGGCGUCGGGUUGA